CACCCACACCCACACCCACACCCACACCCACUACGAUUACUAAUUAUAUUUUCAAUUCUUGUCAUUAGAAAUUAUCGGUAGUUGAUUUCGAUGGAAAACUAAAAAUGGUGCUUUAAGUUUCUGAUGGUUGGUUCUUAGCACUUCGAGAAAUAAGUUGCUUUUGACUGGUAAUUUCAGGAAAUAGAAGAUUCCUCAAACCAUAGUCCUUGGAUAUUUUUUUAUUUUAGUUCUUGUUUUGAAUUUUCAGGCAUAUAUAAGAAAGAGCAAUACAAAUCAAACGAAACUAUGUAAUUAAUUAUUAUUUAUAAGUUAUUCUUAAAAAAUUUCCGGAACGUUUUCGGUUUCAAUUAUUCAUAGUUUUUUUUAUAAAUUUGAAAAAAUAAAACCUCAAAAUGGAAUUUAAUAUUUGAAAGCAGUUAGUAUGUUUGAGGAGUAGAACUUACUCUUUUGAAUAUAAUAUUCCUGGUUGUUGAGUAAGAUUUUGUUUGAAAAGUAGAGUAUCCUUAGUUUUAAGAAUUGAUAUAGGCUAUGAUUAUCAAUCAUUAUUAAGUUGUUUUGCAAUUGAUAAUAUUUAAAUUUUGUAAUAUUUGAAAAGAAUAUUGCAUUUUGAUUGAUAAUAUGUCUUUGCAAAAAGCGAGUUAUGAUCUGGAAAAUAUAAGAAUUGUCAAAUUUUAAGCUCUAUUUUGUAGCUACAAUUUCAAAAGUUAUGAUAAUUGUGACUAGUUUAAGAGAAAAAUAUUCCUAAAAUAUAAUUAAGAUGAUUUAUUUUAAAAUAAUGAUAAUACAUCUUGUUUCAUUUUCAAGUUCAAAAGCAAGGUUUUCCAAUAACCUUAUUUUCAAUUAUCGUUGAAUAACUAAACAUAUGUUAAAAAUAUCUUUUCGUUGAAACAAUAGCUUUUAUACAAAAGCAAAGAAGUAAAAAUCCAUAUUAGACAAAUGAUUUGCAUCUAAGUAUUGUAAGUCGUUCUUAGAUUUAUUGAAAUCACAGUUUGGAUUUUUUUAAUAAGUUGUUCUUGAAGAAGAAUUUCAGAAAAAAAAAGGAACAAAAAGUGUUGUAAUCUUCUUUCUUCAACUUUAAAUAAGAGAUAAUUUCGAUUUCUACGAAAAAUAUUGAUCUAAUAAAAAUGAAAGAUUUCUUUCGUUUAUUGAUCUUCAAAAUCGAAAUCUGCAUAAUUCAAAAAUAAAUAUUUUGAUAUGUAAAUGCACACACGUUUAUAAUCAUUUUUUUUUCUAUUUUAUUAACAAAUAGAUAUGACAUAUUAUUAAUUGAUUGGGACAGUGCAAUAAACAUUGGGUCUCAUGAAGCAUAUAACGGAUCAUUAUCAACAGCAUCAAAUUUUAUUAUUAAUGAAUUAGACAACGGAAAUAAAAUGAUUCAAUAUUUACCAAUUGAUGAUUGUAUUUCAUUAAUGAAAAUGAUCAUGUUAGAAAUAAUUCCACAAAAAUUCAAGAAUGAUAUUUUAUUAGAAGCAAAACAAGGACGUUACUCUGGUAUUAUUGAUGUUUUUGAAGAAAUAAAAGAACUUUAUGCAAAUCAAUCACCAAUAAUACUGAAAGUAAUAAAAUUUUUAGAAGAUAAUCGAUUCAAAUUAAAUAAUGAAAUAUUAAAUAAUUAUAUUGAUAAAUGUAUUAAAAAAAGUGAUUGUUUAUGCCGAUUGGAAAAUGAACAAUCAGAUGCUGAUUAUUUCGAAAAAGAUUUAUUUUCAUCUUAA